CUAGCUGUCUCCCUCACAGCCCCACUCAAGGCCUUCUCUCCAUCCCCCUGCAGACCAUGAAUUCCAUAAUAUUGCUUUUCGUGCUCUUGAAAAGCCUCAUCCAGUACCCACAGCUCGUGGGUGAUGACUGGGAUGAGGAAACACGUCUGCACAUGGAAGUGCGUGCAAAAAAGCUGGAAUGUGAGAGGAUUCGGCUGGAGCAGGAGGUGGAGCAGGUCACCCUGAAGCAGGUGCAGUGCUUGCAGCUCAUAGCUGGUACUGUGCUCCUGAUCCUUCUCUUGGUCCUGUGGUUGAUGGGGUGCAAAAGGAGCCAGAGGAGAGAAGUGUAUGAAGAAGAAAACAAUGGUGUGAAUGCAGAGGAAGUCAGAAAUGGGGAUGAAAAUGAAGUAGAUGUUGGAAACACAGAAGACAAUGAUGAUGCGAAUCGAGAAGAAGAUAGCAAUGAGGCUACAAAUGUAGAAAACAAUGAUCUUGCGCUUGCAGUCUAUGAAGGAGGCAAUGAUUUGGAUGAUAAUGUUGGAAGAAUUAUAAUGGAACGCAUACAGUGUAUGCGCAUACGCAUACAGGACCUGCAGAAAGGCUGCGAGUGGACAAGGAACCUCAUGCAAAAUUUUGCCCCUUACUUUAGACACAUCUUAUCAAACAGCUUCUACCCAGGCCUGCAACAAGCCAUUGGGGUGGGCAGUGCCUUCGAAGGUUGGAGUCCAUACGAGCAGGGUGUUGUGUACCAGCUGCUCAUACCCAUGACCCCUCCCCAAGGCCACAGUUUCCACCUGGAGCUGGACUCUGCAGAGCAGAGGUACAGGAGGAACUUCCGUGUCCGUGUGCAGCUGGAGUGCACCUGCACAAAGGAGCAGCAGGCUGAGAACAUGCUGUGUUUCCUGCACCAUCCCAAAGAGGAGCUGAGGAGCAAUCAGGACCCCAGCCUCCUAGACACCCUAUGCACCGACUCUUACCUCGAUGUGCAGAAAACUGUCUGCUGGUUCUCCCAGCUGGUGAGAGCCAUCUGGCCAGCUUUGCCUCAGUCACGCAAUUGGGAUUUAAUGCUGCUGCCCUCCAGACACUCCUGCCAAUUCAAGGUGACCAAUGGCAGUGAAAUCUUCAGGAUUGAGAUAUUCUUUGGGGUGCAGAGAGGUGACUCGGACAUCUUUGUGAGCAGCCAGCCUGCAGAGGCCCACACACAAAGCACAACCUGGCCUGAGACCUAUGCUGUGGCUGAGGCUAAGUUCUUCAAGCACAUAGCCCAGCAGGCACCCCCUGACAGUUUGCAUCUCAAAUGCCUUCAGCUCCUCACACAUCUUCUGCUGGGCUUCAGCUUUUCCCCCUAUACCAUGAAGACUAUUUUCAUGCACCUGCUCAAUGUGUUGCCUGUGUCACAGUGGUGCAGGAAAGAUUUGCUGCACCGACUGCUGGAUAUCAGCGAGAGCAUGUCAUUAUGUGUGCUAGCAAAACGCCUCAACCACUUCAUUGUGGGUAACCAGAGGCUGCCGCAGAACAUCCGUUUACCCCCAGACAUUCAAACGACUCAGCCAGACAAUCUCUUCCAUCACCUGGCACAGGAACCGGCUGCCCACACACAGGCAAUGUAUGAGUACCAGCUUCUGCGACAAUGGCUCAAAAGAAUCCUUUGUGGUGAGCAGUGAAUGAAUGUCCCAAUGCACAGAGCUGUGCUUGUCCUGCUCCCAGCUGGCAGCAGAGAACCACCUUAUAGUACAAAUUUGGUGCUUUAAGGAGAAGAA